GCCGGGGGGGUAACGGCGCGACUUUUCAAAAUGUCGGCGGCGGGGGCGCGAAGGGGCCGCCGCGGAGCCCGGGAGCGAGUGGGGCUGCGCCGGGGCGGGCGGCCCGGGGCACCCUGAUGAGUAACCGUGGCGCAACAGGCCCUCGGCACAACCGGUAGCAGGACCCGGGGGAGAGCGGCCGGCGCCAUGGCGACCUGCAUAGGCGAGAGGAUAGAGGAUUUCAAGGUGGGGAACCUCCUGGGGAAGGGGUCCUUCGCAGGGGUCUACAGAGCAAUAUCCCUGAAAACCGGUCUGGAAGUGGCCAUCAAAAUGAUAGAUAAAAAAGCCAUGCACAAAGUUGGAAUGGUACAGAGAGUUCAGAAUGAGGUGAAAAUACAUUGUCAGCUAAAGCAUCCAUCUAUACUCGAGCUUUAUAACUAUUUUGAAGAUAGCAACUACGUAUACUUGAUACUUGAGAUGUGCCACAAUGGUGAAAUGAGCAGAUACAUAAAGAAUAGAAAGAAACCCUUUUCAGAAGAUGAAGCCCGACACUUCUUACAUCAGAUUAUCACAGGUAUGCUGUAUCUUCAUUCUCAUGGAAUACUGCACCGAGACCUCACCCUUUCUAAUAUCUUACUCACCAAUAACAUGAAUGUCAAGAUUGCUGAUUUUGGACUCGCAACUCAGCUGAAAAUGCCUCAUGAAAAGCAUUACACCAUGUGUGGAACUCCAAAUUACAUUUCUCCAGAGAUAGCCACGAGGAGUCCUCAUGGACUUGAAUCUGACGUGUGGUCUUUGGGUUGUAUGUUUUACACUCUUCUUAUUGGAAAGCCACCUUUUGACACAGACACGGUCAAGAACACGCUGAAUAAAGUAGUGUUGGCAGAUUAUGAAAUGCCAGCCUUUUUGUCAAGAGAGGCACAAGACCUUAUACACAGGUUACUCCGCAAAAAUCCAGCAGAUCGUUUGAGCCUUUCCUCAGUGUUGGAUCAUCCUUUUAUGUCCAGGUUGAGCUCUGCACAGAGUAGAGAUUUGGGAACUUCAGAAGAUUCUAUGGACAGUGGAAAUGCUACCAUCUCUACAACCUUCACAGGCUCUUCCAGCAUCAGUACCAGUGGUUAUUUGAAGGAAAAGAAGAAGCUGUUAGUUGGACAGCCACUCCCAAAUAAAAUUACUUUUUUUCCUAAAAACAAGAAUUCUGGUAAUAAAUCAUCGGGAGAUGGAAGUGGCUCUUUUCAUCAGUGGGGAAUUCAGGGAAAGGAAAUUAGUGUAACCAGCAGGGGAAGAACCAUUCAGCCUGGAGAAGAGAGACCCCAUUCGCGCUACCUCCGACGAGCCCACUCCUCAGAUAGGUCUGGCACAUCCCACAGUCAGACUCAAGGCAUAUCGAAUAUCGUUGAUCGAUGUCACUCUAUGGAAGUGCUUUCCAAGCCUAAAGUAGGAACAAGGGAAAAUAUGGAAUACUUUUCACCUGCCAACAGCUACGCUGAUAUAGGAGAAAUGUUUAAGGAGAAGACUACUAGUAGUUCUGGUUCUUUUGAAGGGCAAAUAUCUCCACCUGUAAAAGAUCAACCACACUCGGAUUAUCUCUGCCCAAUGAAGCCCCAGGUUGGUUUAUUAGAGCAGAAGUCCCAGGCUGAGACAAUGCAGCAGUGGCUUGGAAGUAUGCAAACAAAUGUUCCUCUGAGACCAUCUGCAGACCUAACUGGCAACAGUAAUGCACAUGGAGGGUUUCGGUAUCAUCUGGAUGUGCAGCAAGAUGCCCCAAGAAAUGCAUGGAACGCCUUAAAAGAUAUAAGGAAUCCUGAUGCAUCUGUCGAUUGUCCACAUUCUUUAAACCAGAGAAACCCAAAGAAAUGCAUCCCUGGAGUUCUCUGCAAAUCUGAAGAAUUUCAGCCAUCUCCCACAUGUGGCCUUUGGUCAACUUCAGAACAAACCCAAAUGUGGGGCCCAGAACCACCAGCACCCCAGAAACCUGCACUGCGAAGUAUUGUGUCACCUCUCAACGCUCGCAGGCUGAAACCAAUCAGGCAAAAAACAAAAAAUGCAGUGGUGAGCAUUCUAGAUACUGGGGAAGUGUGUAUGGAGUUUCUGAAAGAACACCAUUCACAGGAACUUGUGAAAGAAGUUCUCAGAAUAUCUUGUGAUGGAAAUGUGAUUGCAGUUUAUCAUCCAAAUGAAGGAAGAGGUUUCCUUCUUGAUGACAGACCUCCUGCUUCUUCGGAAGGCACCUGCAUGUAUAAUUUUGACAACUUGCCAGAAAAGUACUGGAAAAAAUACCAGUAUGCAGCCAAGUUUGUGCAGUUGGUAAGAACAAAAACCCCAAAAGUGACGUUCUAUACAAGAUAUGCCAAGUGUAUGUUGAUGGAAAAUUCACCCACUGCAGAUGUUGAAAUUUGUUUUUAUGAUGGAGCAAAGAUACACAAGACAGCUGGUAUAACUCGUGUGAUUGAAAAAUCGGGGAAAUCGUUCACUUUGAAAGGAGAAAAUGAAGCAGGGUUGAAGAAGGAAAUACAAGUUUAUAUGGAUCAUGCAAAUGAAGGACAUCGUAUAUGCCUUGCUUUGGAAUCUGCUGUUUUGGAAGAAGAAAAAAGGAGUGGAAGUGUUCCAUUUUUUCCAAUAAUUGUUGGAAGAAAACCUGGCAAUACUGAAUCACCACAGGCUGUAACACCUCCCCUGUUGGACAAUAUAAACCGUUCAAGAGAAGCUGUGGCACUGGAUAGAAAUAAGGCUGCCAGUUCUACUCCAGUUCAGACUCCAAACUGUACUCCUGUGGUGUAUGAAAAGCCUACAUUUAUGAUCAACACUGCUGAAACUAUGUGCUCCUCUGUUCAUCAAAUGGAAUGCAGUCCAAAUUCAGCCCAACUUGUAAAAUCUGUCUUUGUGAAAAAUGUUGGUUGGGCUUCUCAGCUGAGCAGUGGAGCAGUGUGGGUUCAGUUUAAUGAUGGAUCCCAGCUGGUAGCCCAAGCAGGUGUUUCUUCUGUCACUUACACAUCUCCAGAUGGCCAGACAACCAGGUAUGGAGAAGAUGAUAAAUUGCCAGAAUACAUCAAAGAGAAACUGCACUGUCUGUCUUCUAUUCUUGUGAUGUUUACCAGUCCAGCUGGUCCUCACUGAUUAAAGCAAACUGGGUGUCACGUCAUGAGACCUUAAUAAACUCACUCACUGACUUUUAAGUAAA